GGAGGAUGAUGCCUUUCAUUAAAGUUAGAAGAUUCCCACUCCAUCGAGUUUUUACCCACCAGGCCACCACCAUUCUUUAAUCAUACAUGUGGACCCCACCUCCAUCCUUCAAAUAUAGCCCCAAAAUUAGAUCUCCCAAAAGUUGGUGAAUUAACAACAAAUUAAAUCUCACCUCUCACCCCAUUUUUACUUUUCAGAAAUUUCCUCUUUUCCCUUCAUAUUUUUCUUUCAUUUCCUCCUUCAUUCAAUCAUCAACAUUUUUGCCCCCAAAAAAAAAAAAUGGCUACAUCUGCUAAAACUUCAUUAAUCUUUACAUCUUUCAAAAACCAAAAACAACCAAAAAAAUCAUUAUUUCAUGAAAACAACAAUAUUAAUAAUCUCUCUUUUCUCAAUAAUUCAUCCUCAAAAAAAUUUCUUAAGCUCUCCUACACAAAAUCAAAGCAUAAUAACCUAGUAACAAAAAACGCCCUCAACACAAACACCCUAGAUGCAACAUCCCCCGUGUCCACGAAACCUAAAGAGCCUUCAGUUCUAAACAAUGGGACAAAGCGAACCCGUCCCAUGAUCCUGGUCUCCGAGAAACUCGGAGAAGCAGGACUCGCGGUUCUACGCGAGUAUGGUGAGGUGGACUGUAUAUACGACCUCACCCCGGAGGAUCUAUGCAAGAAUAUAUCAAAGUACGACGCGUUGAUCGUAAGGAGUGGGACGAAGGUGAAUAGAGCGGUGUUCGAGGCGGCGAAAGGGGGGUUGAAGGUGGUGGGAAGAGCAGGGGUUGGGAUUGAUAAUGUGGAUCUUCAAGCAGCGACGGAGCAUGGGAGUUUAGUAGUGAAUGCACCGACGGCUAAUACAAUUGCGGCUGCUGAACAUGGGAUUGCUUUGCUCACUUCUAUGGCUAGGAAUGUUGCUCAGGCUGAUGCUUCCAUGAAAGCUGGGAUAUGGGGAAGGAGCAAGUAUGUUGGUGUCUCUCUGGUGGGGAAAACAUUGGCUGUGAUGGGAUUUGGUAAGGUUGGAUCAGAAGUUGCAAGACGAGCAAAAGGUCUAGGCAUGCACGUUAUUGCCCACGAUCCUUAUGCUCCGGCAGACAGAGCACGUGCAGUUGGUGUUGAGUUGGUUUCCUUCGACCAGGCCAUCUCCACUGCUGAUUUUAUCUCCCUCCAUAUGCCUCUUACUCCAACAACUAAGAAAGUCUUCAAUGAUACCACCUUUUCUAAGAUGAAGAAAGGUGCGCGUCUCAUUAAUGUUGCUAGGGGUGGUGUCAUUGAUGAAGAUGCUUUGGUUAGGGCUCUCGACAGUGGCAUAGUUGCUCAAGCAGCUCUUGAUGUGUUCGCAGAGGAGCCCCCUGCCAAGGAUAGCAAAUUAGUGCAGCAUGAAAAUGUUACUGUCACACCUCAUCUAGGAGCCAGCACCAAAGAAGCUCAGGAAGGAGUGGCUAUUGAAAUAGCAGAAGCUGUUAUCGGAGCAUUGAAUGGGGAACUCUCUGCAACUGCAGUGAAUGCACCAAUGGUUCCUGCUGAGAUUUUAUCAGAACUAGCUCCUUACGUCCAGUUAGCUGAGAAGCUAGGGAGACUAGCAGUACAGCUGGUGGCUGGAGGAAGCGGGAUCCAGACAAUCAAAGUGUCGUACAUAACAGCAAGAGGCCCAGAUGACCUUGAUACUAGACUCCUCAGAGCAAUGAUCACCAAAGGUAUUAUUGAGCCAAUCUCUGAUAUGCACAUCAACCUUGUCAAUGCAGAUUUCACUGCCAAGCAGAAGGGUCUCCGCAUUAGUGAGGAGCGUGUUUCUGUUAAUUCCUCCCCUGAGAACCCAAUCGACUCUAUCCAAAUUCAAAUUCCAAGUGUACAGUCGAAAUUCGAGAGCACCAUCACAGAGAAAGGGGAUAUAAGCAUCGAAGGAAAAGUUAAGGAUGGGAUUCCCCAUUUGACCCGUGUUGGAUCUUUUGCAGUGGAUGUAAGUCUCGAAGGGAACAUUAUCCUUUGCAGGCAAGUUGAUCAACCAGGCAUGAUUGGCAAAGUAGGGAUUAUUCUUGCUGACCAUAAUGUGAACGUGAACUUUAUGAGUGUUGGGAGGACUAGCAAGAAGCAGAAGGCUAUAAUGGCAAUCGGUGUGGAUGAAGAACCUGAAGAGGAUGCUCUCAGGAAGAUAGGCCAAGUUCCAGCUGUCGAAGAGUUCGUGUUCCUUAAACUUUAGGAAGCUUCAAGAGUGUAGAAAGAGAUCAUAGAAUAAUGGCUAGCUUCUGCAUAACAUUCAGAAGUAAUAGGGUAAUUAUAUCAGAUAACCCUGCUUUGCAUAUGCAGCUCAAGGUUUCUGAUCUCCCCCUAUAUGUGUGUGUUAGUAAUAAUAUUUCAGGAACUUGAACUCUUUUUUGGGCUAAUAAUAUGUUUUGGUACCAUUAGUCCCCCCCACCCCCCACACUCCCUCACCCCGAGGAAAAAAAAAACGAAUUUUGUCUGUUGAAUAUUUGAUAUAUGAGCUCGAGUUGAAAUUAGCUUCAUAUAUCUAUGUUAUGUAAUGUCCUUGUUUUAUUACAAUAUAUGCAGCGAGUUGGUUUGGGGUGCAA